CUGUCCAACCAACGUCCAGGUCCUGCCUCUCUUCCCGAGUGUUAAGUGCGUUGACUGACGGGUUUUAGCUGGCGAGUCCAUUUGACGCAAUUUCUUCUCCUCAUAUAAAGAUAUAAUUUACCAAAGACCAUGAACAGUAUAAUUAGAUCUACCGCGAAGUGUCUGCGGUCGGCGGCCUAUCUACCCAGACAAGCCGACGGACGCGUGUUGUCGGCCUCGGCCCGGUUCCUGUGCUCGGCGGCGGACCUCCAGAAGGACCUUGGUGAUAUGGUGAAGAAGGACAAAGUAGUGGUGUUUAUGAAGGGGACGCCGGCUCAGCCCAUGUGUGGCUUCAGUAAUGCCGUGGUUCAGAUCCUCCGGAUGCACGGGGUGGACGACUACGCUGCGUACAACGUGUUGGAGGACCAGUCUCUCAGAGAGGGAGUCAAGCUCUUUUCCAACUGGCCCACGAUCCCGCAGGUGUACUUUGAUGGCGAGUUCGUGGGAGGCUGUGACAUCCUGCUCCAGAUGCACCAGAACGGAGACCUGGUGGAGGAGUUAAAGAAGUUGGGCAUCAGCUCUGCAUUGCUGAACGCUGAGAAAGAAUCCAAGUAGAAAACAAGCAUAAACUCAAAACAACUGAUGAGACAGAGGACACAUUUAUCAGGUUGAAUCCCCCACUCAGAUGAUGGCAGAUAAAUCAACUCACUAUGGGCUAAAAGGGUAUCGUUGGUAUUUUUCAUUAAAACCGCUUGGGGUGCCAUACAGAGCUCCUGCUGCACUGCUUAUACUCGAUUCAGGUCCUUUUAAAUUUGCACAGAUUAUGUGCUUUACAGCCGAGGACUUUAAACAAUGAAGAAAAAAAGAAGUCGACGUCUACACAGAGAGCCAAAAUCAGAUUUACCUUCUCUUUUACCCACAUUAGUCACCUUCUCUUUAAAACAGCAAUAACAACUUUUUGUGGCCAUUAGGGGGGAAGUGGCAAACACAACACUGACAUACCCUCAUAAGUUAAAAUAGCAAACUGGUUAGCAUCAGUAGCAUUCAUUUGGAGUUCUGCUUCUGGACACCUGAUGAAUCUAGUCCAGUGUUCACUCACCUUCCAGCUGCUUUUGUUUUUUGUCUCCACCAACUCCUGAGAAACAUAUCUACCUGUUGCGUUGUCCAUCUGCCGUUUGGUGCUGGGCAAGUAGCAUACACUGGGUUAAUUUUUUUCUGUUGAUGAAACAUACCUGCAGCAGCCAAAAAACCCCCAGAGUGAACCAAAGUCGCGGUCGAGAAAACCAAAGCAGUGAGCUGAAAGCGGCAUAUGGCUGAGGGGAAACUGCAGCACUUUUGAAAUUAAAACAUUAAGUACAGCAGUUUUUUAUAUUUCCCCAUUACUUAUCACAGGGAGGAACAACUUUGCCCUCUAAUUCCUCAGUUUUGAAUACUUUUCUAUCAUAUCUCGAUCCACAAAAUUCUAAAUACUAUCCUUAAAAUAUUGUAAACAUUAAAAAUUCAUACCAGCAUGGUUGUUGGAAUCACAAGCCUUUGUGAUAAACACAGUAAUGAACAUCCAACUGUAACGCCACUGAUAGAGAAACCAUUUCACAUCGAGGUUGGACUUCUACUGCCAGAGGGAGACGGUCAGGUUCCCUCCCUGUGUUUUAAUUAGCUUACACAAGAAUGCUGGGAACCUCCAUCAUCCCCUCAGCCCUCUAAAAGCCCUGCUACCUCCACUGUCCACUUUUUUUCGCCACAGUCUGUUUAAGAACAAAUGUGCACCAAUACUAAGUUAAGAUCUUUAUAACGCUGCUCAGGUCGCACCAGGAAAUUAUGUCAUCAUACUAGAAACCUUUGAAAUGCACUGCCUGUAUCUACAGUGCACUAGAGGGAAGAACAGAGAGGGGACAAUUCUGAUGUCUGUACAUUUGGAAUCAAUAAAGCUGGUGUGUGUGUGCUCAUAAUAUAAAUGUAUUUGUUUAUUUCUGGCCAAUUACAUCACUUAUGAGUUUUCUGUUGCAGUGGAGGUAACUAGCUCACUGACCAUUGUCUUCUCUUUAUUCUUCCUGCUAGGAACUGCAUAGAAAACGUGUCAUUUCUGUUUUAAUGUCUCCACCCGCUGCAACGCAACAAACACACCUCAAUACCUUUUCUCUUUUUCAUGGAGAUGACUUACAGCACAUUUGGACAAACAGCAGUUACGUUUGAAGUUUGUUGCCGCUGUGCAUUUUUUCUUUUAAAGCUGGGGCAGGCCACGUUGGAGAAACUAAAUUGCCUACCCUAGCUUUAUUUUGUCACUCAAAGGGUUUAAUUUUGUUUUCAAGUUUUCUCACUGAGCCUAAGAACCCCUGACAUUUAUCAAUCCUCAAAUGUUCUUCCUGCUGCACACAGUUGUAUUAUCAGAGCAAUGGUCAUGUAGUACACUGUAAGAUAUUGUACAUUGAACGCAUAUUAUAUGUAUUAUCUGCAUGUAAACACUGCACCAAUUAAAUAUUUUGACACAAA